GUUGGGUGGGUGGAGUCUCCAGAUGUCCCUAAGGGCGGCAUGCUGGAGACAGGCCCUAUCGCGACAGUCUCUUUCACAGACCCUCCAACCCAAGAGAGAUCCCUAAGGGAGCUAUUCUCACAGAUGAAUUCCCGGUGCGACUAGAUCUCCACCCCCCCCCCCGCACACACACAUACAUACAGGAGACACAGUCUCACAAGGGUGUGAUCUGCUGUGAAGAACUGUCCCCUCGCCCUGAAAAUCACUCCUAAUGGAGAUAAUGUCUGAAAGGUGACGUUUCAUCUCAAUUUCUCCCUUCCUGAGGGGGCAUUUCUUCAAAUAUCCAGUAGGUGACAUCUUUGGGAACCCUGGAAAAACUAUCCCCCAACGGGACCACUUGAAGGUAUAUUCUCUUCUCUGUGAGAAAUUGUCUCCACCCCAGGGCACCCUCAGAUCCCCACAGAUGCAUUCUUCCAGAGUCACGUGUUCAAGCAAGAGGCUGGACCUCAUGGGAGUUUCCCCCUCAGAAAAACGUGUGUGUACACACAGACCUCCUUCCUUUGCCUGCCACGGGACAGAGUCCCUUAAGUCUUGCAGCCCCUCCAGAGUCUCGGCUUCAUAGCCAGGAUUAAGGAGCCAGGCCGGGUCAAGGUAUAUUUAUAAGAGCGAUUAGCUGGUAGCUGGGGAGGGGGCAGAUGAAACGAUUCUUACUCCACCCCCCAAUAAUCACUCAGCUGAGCCCAACCCAGACCAUGCCUCUCAGAGUUGGAAAGAACAUCAUCUGAACCCUAGACAGAACGAGAAGGCCUUUCUUUCCCUGGGUAACUGUAUAACUGACCCAAGGUCUUGGAGGGCAGGGUCUCAGAACUAGAGCGACCUCUGCCGGACAACGGAGACGACAACGAGGUCUGGGUCAGCGUGUUCUUGAUUGAGCCUCACUCCUGCACCUUCGCUUGUAUUAUUGUUGUCUGUGUCUUUCUUUCUGUUGGUCAGCGUAGCCAUCUCAAUGAGUCUAUUGCUUGUAUUGUCUCUGUUCACGGCUUGUGUUUUUACCACGUUCCCGGUCGAGAAAGCUGUCCCUGGUGCUGGCUUCGUGCUACUGUCCACGGUGCUGAAAUAUGAACGCCCUGAAGGAGAUGAGCGCUUGUGUGUGCACAGGGUCUUGCAGGAGGGAAAACCCACAAACAGGAUAAAUGUGACCCACAACCACGUUGGCCCAGCCCAGACAAAAGCUGGAGUCUGUAGGUUUGGUUCCUGGAGCCUCUGUAAUACCUGUUGACCACAGAAAGGUAGAGGCAGGAUUACCCUACAACCUGGGUUCCACAGGGACAUCUUACCCAAGGGGGAGACAUUAUUAAUUCAUUAAUUUCCUUGCUCAACAUUUACUGAGCAUGAGCUGUGUGCAAGUGUAGAAUAGUAUUUGGCAAUAUGGGCGUUCAUCAAUAAAAGUCAUAAAAAACAAGAGCAAAACAAAACAAAAAAUCCCUCCCUUGAGGCUGGAGAGAUUUCUAAUUCAUUAAGAGCACUGGUUGCUCUUCCAGAGGUCCUGAGUUCAAUUCCCAGCAACCACAUGGUGGCUCACAACCAUCUGUAAUGGGAUCUGAUGCCCUCUUCUGGUGUGUCCGAAGAGAGCAAACCAUACACUCGCAUACAUUAAACACAUAAAUCUUAAAAAGAAAUGUGACUACAACUAGAAACAAUGUUCCACACAUACAACACACAUACACGUGCAAACACACAUUCAGUAAAUACAUGCACACACACUGCACAUACUUACAUAUAUGCUCCUCAAGCACAGGUACAAAUAUUAACACAUUCUUUAUGCAUACUUCUCAAAGACUCACCUGUACUCCAAAACCUCACAAAAGGGCUUGGGAAGAUGACUCAGUGGCUAAGAGAAUAUACCACACUUGCAGAGGACCCAAGAUCAGUUCCCAGCACCCAUGUCAGGCAGCUCACAACUGCCUGUAACUCCAGUUCUGGCUGAUCUGAUCAGAGGACUCUGACCUCACCAGCUGAUUCACUCAUAUCCACACACUGGUACGGACAAACACGCAUGCACACACACACCAUAGAUACAUGAUUAAAAGUAGUAAAAUAUAAAAAAGAAAACUACAAACACAAUCAUCAAAUAGAAUCACAUACAACAUAUGUAUAGCUCUUUGUUCUCUUCUCUUCCCUGCUCUUCCUCUCUUCCCUGUCCUUUCUCUCUACCCCCACCCCUUCCCUCCACGUGCUCAUGGCCGGCCUUUCCUCUCCUCUCCUCUCCUCUCCUCUCCUCUCCUCUCCUCUCCUCUCCUUCUCUCAUUAAACCUCUCCACGUGGAAAAAAAACAAAAAAUAAAACCAUAUGUAUAUAUUUGUGACUAUCCAGCAAACAGACACACAUAAUAUACAUUAACACAUACACAUAUAAAAUUCAUAUCCUAGGGGCUGGGGAUUUAGCUCAGUGGUAGAGCACUUGCCUAGGAAGCACAAGGCCCUGGGUUCGGUCCCCAGCUCCGAAAAAAAAAAAAAGAACCAAAAAAAAAAAACCCCUCAUAUCCUAUAAUCAUACAAACAUAUACUUAGGAAACACCCACUCAUCAAGUGCAAGUACACUCAAACACUCCAACACACACAAUUCCAAAACCCAAGGAUGCUCAAUGAUGCACGGUUCUCUCCUAAUACAUAGACACAUAUUUCUUCCAACACAGCUAGUCAGUUCAUACACAGAUUCAUGUAAGUUCAUGCAUAGCCCCACCCCACCCCCGCUCCAGGGCUGUUUUUCCUCCCCCCACCUGGUUCUCCAUCUUGAGUUAAUUCUGUGAAAGCUGAGAUUUUUAUGUCCUGUAUACAACUGUAUCACCCGGAACCCAAUACAGAGUAUGUGUUUAAUAAAUGUCUUUUGAAUUAAUGGACAGAAUGUGAAGGGACACAGAUUUACAAAAACUGGAGAAAGGCACAGAAGCAUCACCAGCAUAUGCAUAAAACUACCUACCCAAGAGACAGACAUCCUCUCCACAACACACACACACACGAGAGAGAGAGAGAGAGAGAGAGAGAGAGAGAGAGAGAGAGAGAGAGAGAGAGAGAGAGAGAGAGAGAGAGAGAAUAGAGACCUUAAAUCCGAAGUUUAGCAUAGGACAAGCUUGUGGAUAUAAAUGCACCAGUUCCAGUGCACCUGUUUAGGGUUGUGGAGGUAGGGCUUUGUAAGUCCCCGCCCCUUAACCAAACCACACCCCCUUUAGUUGCUGCCCCUUGCUGGCCUUGGUUCGGUGGUUCUGAGGUGUCUCAGCAUCCCCUAGACUCCAGCCUGCUAACAGGUGAGUGGCAGUGGGUAGGACGUCGAGAAUCUUGUCUCCCAUACUUUUACCUUCUUCUGCCCAGAAGCUUUAGGACUCUAGGGGCAGAACCGCAGCCCUGCACAGUCCUGCUUGGUCCAACCCUGGGUGGAAGCUCCUAAGCCGAUUGUGAAGAUUGUGAACCGAGAGAAGACAUGGCCCACGAAGGCCACUUUCAACACAGCGGGAUGGUCUGGGCCCUGCGACUAAUCCUGGCAUGGGUCUUCUUGGUGACCUGUGGAGGGAGCCACCCACUGCAAGCCAGGUCCUGGGGACACCCUGGGCUGGCAGCCAACGUGAGCACAGGCCAGCUGCAGCUAGCAGGGCACCCCCAGUCCUCGGUUCCACCAUCUUACCCAAGGAUCCAGGUUCCUAGUUCACAGACACCAGCAACGCCAGAACCUUGCUGUACUGCAGACAUAGACAGACCAGAGGCAUCAAACCCAGAGAGCCUUCUAGCCAGCUGCGGGGCACCAAGCCCAGAAUGUGAAUUCUUUCUGGGACACCUUCAACGAGCCCUCCGAGGUCGCUUUCACCCACUGCUGUUCGGAGUGCGCCGAAUGCAGCCUCUCUGCAUGGAGCUCUGCCAGAUUUGGUUCACCACCUGCCAAGCAGAUUUUAUUUGUGGCCCAACUUGGCUGCAGUCCUCUGGAAAGAGAGGCUGUGAGCCUAGCUGCCGUACCUAUGGUCAGACUUUUGCCAACGCCACAGAUCUGUGUCACUCCGCUUUGGGUCAUGCCCUGAGGGUGGCAGCUCCUGGCUCCAGUCAUUGCUUCAACAUCUCCAUCUCCUCUCCAGGAGCCCGCCGCCGCCCUCGAGCCUGGAUCUCAAAUGUUGCAGGCAGUGGCAGCGGCAGCGGCAGCGGCGACAGCCCGGAGUAGACGUUUGGCUUUCACUAUAAAUGUCCCUCCCCUAGGCCAGGAGCCACCCAGAGCCAUCUCCCUCUCUUCCUCUCUCCUUCCUUCCUAAACCGGGUCCUGGGGUUGCCUAGACAAGCCCUCCCACCGUUAUCCUAGAAACAUCCAACCCUGACUUACCUUGCUUUCCCCAAAUAAAGUUGCCAGACUAAACCAGG